CUUCCUGUUCACCUUUCGCGUGACUGCAAGUGAGUGCAGAUCGCUACCGCUUGGGGUCUUCGCGCGUGUGCGCUCGCUGCUGCGUCUCGCUGGAAAGAUGCCGGGUCUGGCCGCCGCCAGCCCUGCCCCUCCUGAGGCUCAGGAGAAGAAGCCGCUGAAGCCUUGCUGCGCCUGCCCGGAGACCAAGAAGGCGCGCGAUGCGUGCAUCAUCGAGAAAGGAGAAGAGCACUGUGGCCAUCUCAUCGAGGCCCACAAGGAGUGCAUGCGAGCGCUGGGAUUUAAGAUAUGACGCGGUGGCCUACACUGUGAAUGAAAAAAAUCCCUGAAGAAUGAAGAAGAUUACAUAUUUUGGAAGUUCCUUGAUGCACUUUGAUAAGUGGAUAAAGUAUUUAUAAUUUAUUAAAAAACAGAAAGUGUGGCAAA